ACGGGCGCAUGCGCGCUCACUCCGGCGCGCAGUGCCGGCGGGGGCGGGGAUACGCCGUCUGCGCGGCCGGGGGCGGAACGGAGGAGGAGGAGGCGGUGGUGGCCCGGCUGCGGGGUAGGAGUCCGCAGUAGCCUCCGGGUAAGCCAAGCGCCGCGCUGUGCUGAGUUCCCGCACGCCGUAGAGCCAUGGAGAUCGGCACCGAGAUCAGCCGCAAGAUCCGGAGUGCCAUUAAGGGGAAAUUACAAGAAUUAGGAGCUUAUGUUGAUGAAGAACUUCCUGAUUACAUUAUGGUGAUGGUGGCCAACAAGAAAAGUCAGGACCAAAUGACAGAGGACCUGUCCCUGUUUCUAGGGAACAACACAAUUCGAUUCACCGUAUGGCUUCAUGGUGUAUUAGAUAAACUUCGCUCUGUUACAACUGAACCCUCUAGUCUGAAGUCUUCUGAUACCAACAUCUUUGAUAGUAGCGUGCCUUCAAACAAGAGCAAUUUCAGUCGGGGAGAUGAGAGGAGGCAUGAAGCUGCAGUGCCACCGCUUGCCAUUCCUAGCACGAGACCUGAAAAAAGAGAUUCCAGAGUUUCUGCAAGUUCGCAGGAGUCAAAAACCACAAAUGUCAGACAGACUUAUGAUGAUGGAGCAGCAACCCGACUAAUGUCAACAGUGAAACCUUUGAGGGAGCCAGCACCCUCUGAAGAUGUGAUUGAUAUUAAGCCAGAACCAGAUGAUCUCAUUGACGAAGACCUCAACUUUGUGCAGGAGAAUCCUUUAUCUCAGAAAAAACCUACAGUGACACUUACAUAUGGGUCUUCUCGCCCUUCUAUUGAAAUUUAUCGACCACCUGCAAGUAGAAAUGCAGAUAGUGGUGUUCAUUUAAACAGGUUGCAAUUUCAACAGCAGCAAAAUAGUAUUCAUGCUGCAAAGCAGCUUGAUAUGCAGAGUAGUUGGGUAUAUGAAACAGGACGUUUGUGUGAACCAGAGGUGCUUAACAGCUUAGAAGAAACGUAUAGUCCAUUCUUUAGAAACAACUCGGAGAAAAUGAGUAUGGAGGAUGAAAACUUUCGGAAGAGAAAGUUGCCUGUGGUAAGUUCAGUUGUUAAAGUAAAAAAAUUCAAUCAUGAUGGAGAAGAGGAGGAAGAAGAUGAUGAUUAUGGGUCUCGAACAGGAAGCAUCUCCAGCAGUGUGUCUGUGCCCGCAAAGCCUGAAAGGAGACCUUCUCUUCCACCUUCUAAACAAGCUAACAAGAAUCUGAUUUUGAAGGCUAUAUCUGAAGCUCAAGAAUCCGUAACAAAAACAACUAACUACUCUACAGUCCCACAGAAACAGACACUUCCAGUUGCUCCCAGAACUCGAACUUCUCAAGAAGAAUUGCUAGCAGAAGUGGUCCAGGGACAAAGUAGGACCCCCAGAAUAAGUUCCCCCAUUAAAGAAGAGGAAACAAAAGGAGAUUCUGUAGAAAAAAAUCAAGGAACUCAACAGAGGCAAUUAUUAUCCCGACUGCAAAUCGACCCAGUAAUGGCAGAAACUCUGCAGAUGAGUCAAGCUGAGAUGAGUGAACUGAGUGUGGCACAGAAACCAGAAAAACUUUUGGAGCGCUGCAAGUACUGGCCUGCUUGUAAAAAUGGGGAUGAGUGUGCCUACCAUCACCCCAUCUCACCCUGCAAAGCCUUCCCCAAUUGUAAAUUUGCUGAAAAAUGUUUGUUUGUUCACCCAAAUUGUAAAUAUGAUGCGAAGUGUACUAAACCAGAUUGUCCCUUCACUCACGUGAGUAGAAGAAUUCCAGUACUGUCUCCAAAACCAGCAGUUGCACCACCAGCACCACCUUCCAGUAGUCAGCUCUGCCGUUACUUCCCUGCUUGUAAGAAGAUGGAAUGUCCCUUCUAUCAUCCAAAACAUUGUAGGUUUAACACUCAGUGUACAAGACCGGACUGCACAUUCUACCAUCCCACCAUUAAUGUCCCACCACGACAUGCCUUGAAAUGGAUUCGACCUCAAACCAGCGAAUAGCACCCAGUCCUGCCUGGCAGAAGAUCAUGCAGUUUGGAAGUUUCCAUGUACUGAUGAAAGACACUCUACAGAACUUGUCAAAUCUUUGAAACUUGGAAUAUAUUGCUUUCAUAAUAUGAAGUUUUAUUGCCUAUCUGAAGUGUCUAAUUUUUCAAGUUUGUAAGUUUAUUAAGUGGUUUUAACAUUGGGUGUUUUUGUUUUGUUUUUACUAUGAAAAGACAGCUUAAGGAAGAGCUAAAUUCUGUUAAAAUAUUUGGGGCAUGUUUGUGCACUGCUGUUGUGAGGAUCAGCAUAUGAAAUUGACAUCAUGGUUAGUAAUGGUACUGCAGCUUAGGGGGCUGGCUACACGGUUGCUGUGUGAGUGGAGAGAUGCAGUGAGGCAGUUGUCAUUAUUCUAAAAAUUGAACUGCUUUCACUUUUCCCAAAUAUUAUAUAAUGUUCAUAAUCCUCCAUGAAAACAGCAUUGGCCAAAGGUACUGAGGCUGCUUAAGAUAUUCAGUUCUGCUUUUUAAUUUUUAAAUGAAUUUAGUUUGAAAAGCAUGAUUAUAUAGGCCUCUCAGGCUGAGUGCUACUUUGGUAAAGUUCCCAGUUUUCCUGCCUUCUGUGUGUGACAGGAUGAAUGAGGUGUGGGUAUGGACGGUGGAGGCAGCUGGAAUGGCAAGUGUAGAAAAUAGGAACAGUUCUAUACAGUGCUCUCAUUUACUUAUAACAUAAUGCCUUCUAAAUAAUUUUUUUGGGAAACUACAUUAUCACAAAAUUAUACAAAUUUUUUUACAAGUAUUUACAUACUGUAUCCGAAAACAGACUUUAAAGUCACAAGAUUAUAAAUGUACAUAUAUAUUCUCACAUUCUGAAAAAUAACAUUCUCAGAAUCCACAGAAAAUAUACUUAGUUACUACUGAAGAUAAUUUUUGAAAUGUAAAAAUUAGAUUUAAAUAGUCUAUUUUAAAUGACAGAACUAUAAUUACAGAGAUCAGAUAGGUAAACCGCAAGAUAGGAUGAAACUUUUGGCCUACUGUAUUACUUACAGAGUUUUUUGUGUGUGGUUUUUAAAACUGUUAAGGCAAGAAGUGUCAAAUGCUUUAGAGUUAAAUAACAGAUCACUGAUUUCAAAGACUUGGUGUAUAGUGUUAAAAAUCAAAGCUUAAAAGGUGGUUAGAAAAGUGGAUUAAUGCAAAAGGGGUAAUAAAGACUGCAACAUUCUCAGGACCAAAUUAAACUAACUGCUAAAAAAAAAAAA